AUGGCAGACGACAGGUAUUACCUAGGCAUUUCUGAAGGAGAUUUGCAAGCCGACCAAGAAUUGGUCAAUUGGAUUACAACUCUCGGGGGAGGGCUAAAUCCAGCUGUUGAAAUCCAUAGAGACGAUAAGCAAGGAUCAUGCCUUCGUGUCCGAAGCAACGAAGCUCUGGCUGCUUCAACAGUUGUGGCAAGAUGUCCAAUUUCUGCAACUAUGUCGAUAAUCAAUGUGAAGAAUUUGGAUCCCAAUCUUCCACCUCACGACUUCCACUAUUCUGAUAUAUUGUCUCAGAGAGUCAGGAAGUCCAUCAUUCUGGCAUUUUUCAUGGUGCAUGAACAGCUGAAGGGAAGGGACUCCCAUUGGUGGCCAUACCUGGCAACACUUCCAAGAGCUAGUGAAUUGACGUCUGCUCUCUUCUACCAAGAUAAUGAUCUUGAAUGGCUACAAGGUACCAACUUGUACCAAACCCACCAGGCAUACAGAAACGCAGUAAAAGAGGAGUAUGAUUCAGCAAUAUCCAUCUUACGAGAUGAAGGCUUUUUGGCUGUCGAAUCAUACAGAUGGGACAUCUUUUGUUGGGCAUAUACUCUAAUAGCUUCUCGUGCAUUCACAUCAAGAGUUCUGGAUGCGUAUUUCUCCAACCACCCAACUCUCAAACAGGACGAGGAGUUUCAGAUCAUGCUUCCUUUAGUUGAUUCUUCAAACCACAAGCCACUGGCAAAGAUUGAAUGGCGAGCAGAAGCCACCGAGAUAGGCCUGAAAGUCAUAGAGCCUACUUUUAGUGGAGAGGAAGUUCAUAAUAACUACGGAUCACUUAAUAAUCAGCAAUCAGUAAUGACGACGUAUGGAUUCUGUAUCGUUGAUAAUCCGUGUGAUUUCCGAGAUUUGAAUGUGAAUGCUCCUCCAGGGACCCCCCUGGCAAAUGCUCGUCAGUUUCGAUACCAAGAAUUUCACGAGCCUCACGGAAAAUCACUCGACAACAAAUGCUUCCUAUUUAACAUAUUCUAUCCCUUCUCCAGCGAAACAUCCACAGUAGAAGAACGCAUAUUUUCCCGGGAUUUGCUUGAUGCUCUCGGCUUGACCCGCCUAAAUACCCGGGAGUCUCAGAAUAUCGAGGUAACUGAAGAACGUACCUACGCAAAUUUCUACGAUUCAGGAUCUCGUGUUGUUCUCAAUGCAUUGUGUCAAGGCUCAAUCGAGCUGGCGUUUCGGAUUAUCAAAAUUGGACGUGGAGGUUACCUUCAGAAACAGCCAUCAAAUCAUAAACAGAAACUCGCCCAGACAUACCGAGAAACCGAGUGGCUAAUUUAUAUGACUGGCCUGGUAGUGUGUGAAUGGGCGAUUGCUCGAGCUAGGACAUCAGACUCUAAGGAAUUGGGCACAAUACUUGAAAAAUACCUUUCUUAUAUCCCAUCACCUACGGUUCUUGAGCGUCUUGACCAUGUUAUCAAGGGGUCUAAGUCCAUAGUCUGCCAGCCAGGUGAACUAUUUCUAGGGAUUGAGAUAUUAGAACUCUUGGAGUCAUCAGAUGUGAAGACGCUUGCCCAAGAAUUUAUCAACGGUAUAUCCAGCGCCGUUGACAGCCUUGUUGACCCUUCAGACCGACUUCUAAGCUCAAAUACUGUGACAUACAUACUAUUCCUCCUUAUUUGUCUUAGGGCAAGCAAGGCGGGUGUUGAUGUCUUAAAUUCUCCUGAGCCGUUUCACAAAACUCUAACAGAUGUCUUUUCUAGGCGUCUUGAUGAAUAUGUUGUUCAGCUUGUUGAUUGGUAUCCCUUGGACGAUAAGCAAACCCUCUUCGAAAAUAUGGAUGACGAAGUGGAAAAGGAGACAGCUGCAAUUUUUGAGGCAACAAAGGAGGAGAAAUCCCGACAAUCUUAUAAUCUUUUACUUGGGGCGUCUGAUGAAUGGCUAUCUGCAGAUGUACUGAGAUGGGCAGUAUAUGUGGUGCAGGAGGAGCAGCUUACGGUCCUAAGAAAUCCGUUAGAGAUGAUCUCAAGGGAACCUUCCGAUGGACCUGUUCACAUGGCCACUGAUAGUUAUUUCUACGUUCCACAGCUCCCUGCUAGCUAG